AUGAAGAAAAAAAGCUUCUCACCUCUGGAGAAGGAUAAGCCCCUAAAGUUCUCCUCACACCUGCCCUUGGGCUGGGCCAGUACCCAUCACCCCGUCCAGCCAGGCUACAAUCUUUGAGAUAAGGAUUUAAAGAAACUUCACAAAGCUGCGUCAGUUGGGGAUUUGGAAAAGGAGUACCUUCAGCUCAAGAAACGUGAUGUGAAUGUACAGGACAGACAAAACAGAAUGCCUUUGCACCUGGCCUGUGUUAAUGGAUAUUCAAAUAUUGUAUCUCUCUUAAUUGAGAAACAGUGCAAAAUAAAUGUCUGCGAUAGUGAAAACUGAUCUCCAUUGACUAAGGCAGUACAAUGUGCAAAGGAAGACUGUGCUACUAUUCUUCUAGAGCAUGGCGCAGACCCAAAUCUGGUGGAUUCGAUGGCUCUCCAUUUUGCUGUCUGCACGCAGAGUGUCUCAUUAGGAAAAUUGCUUGAACACAAAGCUAAUCUUGAAGAGCAAAGUAAGGUAUACUCUACUUUUCCUGCCAUUACUGAAAAUAAUACAUAAAUGGUAGAAUAUCUUCUGAAGAGAGGGGCAGAUAUGAAUGCUUCAGAUAAGAAUCAAAGAACAGCCCUUACGAUUGCUCUAAGUGAUGAACCAACAAAUUUAGUCAGUCGUCUCCUUCAGCAAGAAGGCCUAUCUUGCAAAAAUAUUUUUGGAUUCACAGCUGAGGAGUAUGCUUCUUUUAAUGGAUUUACUGUAUAA